AGACGUACGCUGUCAGGGAGUGUUUACUUUGCCUCCACUUCUGUUCCUCUCCGCCCUGGUGCUGCUCCGGGUCACAUACUCGUCCUGAGCCAGCUUCAGCCUCUCCGCGCAGAAGUCUCCCGGAGCCAACUUCUGUGAGUCGAGUACUCUUAUGUGAAGUCUACCAAGCUCGUGUUCAAGGGAACCAAGGCGAAGCGGUGAGAUGGAAAGAAAGUAUCAAGGAGUGAGCUGAAGCCACUGCCCUUGAGAACCCUCUCGAGGAGUCUGGGCUCAUGAAGAUGCCAGAAUAAGUGGCAGUACGAAGGAAAAGAGCAAAGAUAAGAAGAGAAAAAGAGAAGAAGAUGAAGAAACCCAGCUUGAUAUGUUGGAAUCUGGUGGACAGUAACAAACUUUGGUGAAAUUUCAGGAACCAUAGCCAUUGAAAUGGAUGAGGGAACCUAUAUACAUGCACUCGACAAUGGACUUUUUACCCUGGGAGCUCCACACAAAGAAGUUGAUGAGGGCCCUAGUCCUCCAGAGCAGUUUACAGCUGUCAAAUUAUCUGAUUCCAGAAUCACCCUGAAAUCUGGCUAUGGAAAAUAUCUUGGUAUAAAUUCAGGUGAACUUGUUGUUGGGCGUUCAGAUGCAAUUGGACCAAGAGAACAAUGGGAACCAGUCCUUAAAAAUGGGAAAAUGGCUUUGUCGGCCUCAACUAGCUGCUUUAUUAGAUGCAGUGAAGCAGGGGACAUAGAAGUAAAAAGUAAAACAGCAGGAGAAGAAGAAAUGAUCAAGAUUAGAUCCUGUGCUGAAAGAGAAACCAAGAAAAAAGAUGACAUUCCAGAAGAAGACAAAGGAAAUAUAAAACUAUGUGAAAUCAAUUACGUAAAGAAAUUUCAGAGCUUCCGAGACCACAAACUUAAAAUAAGUAAAGAAAACAGUAAAAUUCUUAAAAAGGCUCAGAAAGAUGGAUUUUUGCAUGAAACGCUUCUGGACAGGUAGCUAUUUACUUAUUUUCACUAUUUUCAGUAGCCAAUACAAAUGGCAUGUAGAAAACAUAUAUUCUCUUAAAUUACUGUAGUUUUCACAUUUUUGUCUUUAUUUAUAAUUUAUGAGUGUGGCAAUAUUACCUAGAGAGGAUAUCAUGAGUUUGGGAAAAGACUGUCAAGAAAGAAUAUCUAAAAAUUAUAACCGAUUCUAAGUAUAUACUUUAAGAAAUUCAGGUUUGACUGUAUCUACUUCAUAAAUUUAUCAUUAUCUUUUUAUAACUAUUAGAACCAGAGUUAGAAAGAAGCAGUUUGACUAAUACAAAAAUUAUGUGGAUUCUGUUAGAGUAGUUCAGGUUCCUUAAAAUAAGCAUAGAUCAACUAAAAAACUAAGUAUAAAAGCUAAAUAAGUGAAAUUGAAGCAGUUUUAUUGUAAGAUUUGGAAGAGUGCAGGAUGUUUAUCAUAGCACAUUAUUAAUAUUUAUUACUCUUCCUAUGUAGAUAAGUGAUGUCCUAGAUUUACAACAUAGAAAAACAGGUAAAGACGUUUAGCUGUCAGUGUACAAGUAUAAAUCAAUUAAGUGCCAGAUUUUGAUAAUCACCAGCUGCUCAUUCAAGUCCUAUGUUGCAAAGUUACUCUUACCCUUUUUGUACAUUACUUGAUAAAGGCAAUGUUUAAUUACAUAUUUCCUGUUAACUAGCUGGUAGAGUUCAUACCUAAAGUCAGUAAAUAAUGUUAAGAAUUGUUUCCAGCUGAGCAAAUGAAUAUCUAGUUGUAAGAAAUCAAGAAGAGGAUAUAAAAUAUAAUCAGGAUAUGGACUCUAAAACGGAAUAAGCUCUAUGUCCUGUAACUUUUUUCAUGUGUAAUAAUACAGCAUUCUCACCCUGUUAAAUGGAAAUUUAAAGCACCCUUAAAUUCCAGAAUAAUUAAAAUUGCUAUUUGGAUUGAAAAGCCCUUAGGCAACAUUUAUUGAACAUUAGGAAAUAACUUUUAUAAGAUUAGAAUCCAUUUUUUAUGGAAACCAAAUUUAAAAGUAUACAUGUUUUAAUAUAAGUGUUGUGGUAAUACAAUAACCAAAACUGAACACACAGUUUUAAAGCUUUUUAUAUUUAGUAACAGUUGAAUAUAUAUGGCAUGUUUUACAUAGAUUAAUUUUACUAUUUUUCUUUAUUUAAACAAGAGAACCAAAUUGAAAGCCGACAGAUACUGCAGAUGACUGGGAUUUUUGUUUCUGUCUUAUCUUUUUGUGUUUUUUUUCUGAAUAAAAUAUUCAGAGGAAAUGCUUUUACAGA